CGGCCGGGCGCGCCAUGGACGCAGGAGCGGACGCAAAAGGGGGCGGCGGCCCCGCAGCCCCCCAGGAUCCCUGCGGCCCCGCACUGCCCCAGCUCCCACGCCGCCCUCAGCUCCUGGAUGAGGACGGAGGGCCCAGUGAGGAAGUGGCCGUGGAUGCGGGCAGCUCCCCGGCCCCGGAGGAGCCCCGGGCUGAGUCCCAGGCCGAGGCCUCGACGGCGGCCCCUCCCGAGGCCGAGGCCACGGGCGAGGCCAGACUGGGGCCCAAGGUGGCUGUCGGAGGGGUGCCCAACAUCGGCUUCGUGGGCGAGCCCCCGCCCUAUGCACCGCCGGACCCCAAGGCAGUGCACCUGCUCUACCCGCCCUUCCCGCAGGGGCCCGUCCUCUUCCAGCCUGGCCCCUCGCCCCAGGCCCUGUACCCGCCGCCACCGGCUGCGCCCCUGUACCCCGCGCCCACCACGCCACCGCUAUUUGCAUCGUUCCCGGUGUACAACAGCCCCGUGGCCGGCAUGCCCGCCCCGCCCCUGGUGGAGCACAGGCCCCUCCCCAAGGACUACAUGAUGGAGUCCGUGCUCGUGACCCUCUUCUGCUGCCUCCUCACGGGGCUCAUCGCUAUCGUCUAUUCCCACGAGACGCGCGCGGCCCUGAGCAGGGGGGACCUGGCCCAGGCCGAGGAGGCUUCCCGCAAGGCCCGCUCGCUCGUGCUCUUCAGCCUGCUCUUUGGGGUCUUUGUGUCCACCAGCUGGGUCAUCUACGUGGUCGUGGCCCUGUACCUCCCCUGAGGGCCGCAGGCUCCUUUCAGAUGCCUGGAUGCACAAGGACACCCAGCCUGGCCAGACGCUUCCUGUGGACUUUGAUCCCUGCCGGUGGCCAUCUGUUGCCUCCAGAGGGGCCCCAGGGCCAGAAGAAGGUGGGGUCUGCAGCCCUUGGCACAUCUGUGGCUGGGCCUCAGCCCCUACGGGUGGCCUCAGGCAGCGUCCUACACCGGAGUGGCUCCAGGGCCCAGGCCCAGCGGUGGGACGGGGCCCACUGGAGCUCCGUGUCCUGUGCUUCCUCCCGAGGUCUUUCUGGGACUGGGCUGGCUGGGCCCCCAUGGCCCUUGCCUUCACCUUACACCUGGAAGACCACCCAAGGGCCCGGGGCUCUCAUCCUCAGAGCCAUCUGGAAGGACGUUGCAAACUCCGGCCUCCUCCCACCUCCAGCCCAGCCUGGUGUCCGUGGGGCAAAGCUGCUGGUGUGUCCUUUUCCCUGUUGGGGAGCUGAGUGUGGUGUCAUCCCUCUCCUCGUCGCUCCUGGCUGAUUGUCCUGAGCCCUGACCCCUUCCUACGAGACAGGCUCUCUCAUGUUGACUCCAUGUCCAGAAACCAAGGCCACCGUGUCUGGUCAAUAGACAACAAGCUGCCCCCGGGCGGGUGUUGCUACUUCCUGGCUCAGUUUCAGGGCGAGCGGCACAUCUGUCCACAGCCGGCCUCUGGGGGCUCCCACGCCUGCCCCUCCCAGGGAUGCUGUUCGCACAAAGGCAGCUCUGUCAAGGGCCCGUCUGUCGCUCACAUCGUGUGGCCCCUCUAAGAUGUGAUGCCGCUUCUCCCUAGACCCUCUUCUCCUGGGGCUGCUUCACUAGAAGCUUCUGUCUCCUCUCCUGUCUCCUGGUUUGGGCCCACUAUCUCCAUCUGUGGUCUUGCAGCAUUUUUGGAAUGUGCAUUUUCUGCUCACUCCUUCUGCCCCCAACUUUAUCGCCCACCAGCGGAGGAUCAACUGGGCCCUGUGUGGUAAGGGCACCCUGACCGGGGAGCACAGUGCCAGACAGCCUAGACAGCUCUAUGUCGGUGUCCCUGCGUCAUGCCUGGUACACCGGUCCAGUCAGCUGUGGUCCUGAGAAUGGCCCUCCAUUCUAACAAGGUUUCGAGCCAUCUGCAGAGGAAGGGGCUUAGGGAACAGGGGGUGGGGGCCCCACCGUGGCUUCCCUCCACGCCUUGUGAUCAGCAGUGACCUUCUGGCUUGUCCAGGUCCCAGCCCCAAGAACAGUCCUUGACUUUAAGGAGUUUCUGGCUUCUUGAGGAAAUUGUGUUUUCCCCAUCUGUAAAAUGGGCUGGCGGUGUAACUUGUCCCCUGGAGUUGUGGGCAGACUCCGUGGAGGGCCCGUGGGUGUUCAGCACGGUGCCUGGUGUGUGGUGAGCACGUGGAGUGGAGCUGCUGGGGACCGGUGGUGGGGAUUUCUCCAGGGUCUCCCACAGCCAGAGGUUUUGGGAAAGCAGGGAGCAAGCCUGUUACUAUGGGCUUAGGGACCCAGGAGUUUCCCAACCAGAAGGGGAAGCCGUUAAUGGGCGUUUUCCUGGGGAGGUGUCCAGAUUCAGGGGGGUCUGUGAUUCAGCAAGAUAAAAAAGCAUCUGCAUGGAGAAGAGGAAGCCUCCCCCAGCCCCCCCAGCUGAGCCGUACCAGAAUGACAGAUCAAGUUAAAUCAAGUGAUUUCUGAGCACCCACUGUCCUCGCACCUGAAGCAGGAGAACGUCCCAUCUCAGCCUGGAGAUGCUCUGGGGAGCUGAAGAGUCAGGAUGAGGAAGUAAGUGGUGAGCGACAAUGCUAGGGGGUGGUUGAAAGGUGGUUUCCUGCUGUCGGCACAGGGCUGGUCCAGAAUUAGGGUAUCAAACACUAGAAAGCAUGGUAGCCACCAAAAAGGCGGGCUCUGUUUUUUAAAGGACCAGUAGAUGCCAAACGAUGUUUGGUAGACUCCAACAGCGACAGCUUUUCUUACUAAACUCAAGUAAAAUCAAGAUAGAAAGAAAUCAUCUAGACCAGUGUUCCUCGAACUUUAUGUAGGAAAUCUUUUUGAAAUGCAGGUUCUGGUUCAGUAAGUAAGACUGGAGAUUUUGCGUUUCUACUGACCUCCCAGCGAUGCUGAAGCUGGGACAUGUACCGACGGCAAAUGGCACAUUUCAAUGGAAAAUUACUAAAACCAUUAAAAGCCAAUAUACCCAGGAUCAAGCUGUGGAUGCCCUCUAGUGUCUACUCAACAUGGCUGUGAGGUUCUAGCUUCUGUAAAAAACAACAGUGAGAUUUGUAGUAUAAAAAGUAGAAGAGACAAUGAUUCCUUAGCAAGAAUAUCCAAGAAUCCAUGAAAGAAAUUUGGAGAACUCAGUACAAUGGUUGAAUUUAAAAUCUACAAAUAGUCAAUAGCAAGAAUCGGUUAAAAGUGGAACAAAUUUAAACAUUCCACUCGUGAUAGUGAUAAAAAACGUAAAAUCUAGGAACAUAUUUAACAAGACAGAUCCAGAUCCAAAUGAACGAUUUUUAAAAAAAUUACCAAAAGGCAAAAACAAAAAGCUGGACAAAAUAGAUAGGAAAAGGUAAUAAUGUAAAGAUAUCUAGCCUUCUUAAAUAGAGAUUUAAUUGAGUUCCCAAAAGGAAACCAAGCUCUUAAACUAUGGCAAAAUAUUUUUAAAAUUAACAUGGAAGGAAAGUGUGCAACAAUUGCUAUUUUUUUUUCAGUUUAACGAGGGGAGAACUUUCUGCACCUGAUACUAAAACUUAGCAUAAAGCUAUGGUGAUCAGGACAGCAUGGCUUUGCCACAGAGAUAGAUCAGUAAAAAAUAACAGAAGUCCAGAAAAUGUUCCAAGUGUGUAUGAGAAGUUAAUAUUUGAAAAUGGCAUUUAAAUUGGGAGAGUCAAGGAUGGCUUAUGAUUAGUAGAGUUAUCCGGUUGGAAAGAGUAAUUAUAACUGUAUGAAAAAACAAAUUACAGAUGGGUUAAAGAGCUAGGUAUAAAAUAGCCCUGCACUCAACGAUGGACGAAAGCCUAGGAGGAUGUCUUUAACCUCAGGGUGCUGGUGCAGGACAGAGGGGAGGCUGCUCACAUCUGGAAAACCAUCCAGGAAGACUGAUAGAACCGAGUCCUGUACAUCAGGAAAAUAUGGAUCUAAAGCACGAGGUGGCUUUCACUUGUCACAUGGGUAAAGAAUUGACUGAAUACAUCCAGAGUUGGUGAGGGCUCCCUCACCAACUCAUCUACUGCCAAUGUGUAUGCUGCCACUGUAUUUCUGGAAAGUAGACGGUCUCUAUUAAUACAUGCACGCUGUAUUCACAUGCAUGUAUGUGCAAAGAACAGUCUAGAAGGAUAUAUUCUAAACUGCUGACAGUGGGCUGCCCUUGAGGAGGGACCGGGAGGAAGCGGAGGGUCUGUGCAAUAUGUUGCUGAACUUUAAAACAGAGCUGUGUUCGUGUGUUGUGUAAUGAAAACACAAUUGAAAAACGUGCAUGCCUUUUGACCUGGCAAUUCCAGCUUUAGGAUUUACAGUGGUGAACAAAGUCUGUUUUCCUGAAGUUUCCAGUCAGUGUGGCGGGAUCUAUCAGACAGCGUAGUUACCAGCUGUGCCAGAGCACCAUGAAGGAGAGGGAGCUAGGCAAGUUCGAAAGUGGAGUGGAACGGAGGAGAACCUGAUUUGGGUGCAUCCCAACUUCAGAGAUGUUAGAGUGUGUGUGUCUUAGAGUCUUAGACUUCGAAGUAUUUGACCUGAAAGUGGUAAAGACAGGCUUUCCUGAGGACGUUGUGGAUCUGUUAAAAAGUGCAAUGAGGUGCUGCCAACCUGCACCCCCAAGUGGCUGAAUCAUUUUGCAUCCCACCCGCAGCAACAGAGAUGCAAAUGCUGCCACCCCUCCCCCGCCCCCCCCCCCCAUUUGUCUUGUAGGUUUCAGUGCUGCUGGCAGGGAGAGCUGUGGCUUUAACUUGCAUUACUCUGAUGACUAAUGAUGUUGAGCCUUUUAUCGUGUGCUUAUCAGCGAUUUCCAUCUCUUUUUAUCAUGUGCCUGUGCAAGACUUGUGCCCAUUUUAUGCUGGCCUGUCUUCUUAAUAGUCCAGGGGGGUUCUUUAUCUGUUUUGGCAUCGAGUCCUGUAGUCUCGCCUUUGCACUCUGUGCGGGGUCAUCUGAUAAAAAGAAGUCCUCGGUUUUAAGAUAUACAAAUUUAUCUUUUCCUUUACGGAUAACGCUUUUUGUGGCUUAAUAAAAAUUCCCCUACUCUUAGGUCAUGAAGAUAUUCUCUUAUAUUGUCUUCUAGAUCCACAGAUUUACUGUGUGUUUUCACAUCUGGAUCUGUCACCUACCUGGAAGUCCAUUUGUUUAUUUCUUGUUCCAUUGUCACAUUUCAUUACUGCAGCGUGAG